AUGAAUUAUUUUUUGUUAUUAAUUGUAGUGACAUAUUAAUAAAAAUGUCAAUGGGCGGAUGAAGAUAAUAACAUAUACGAUUAUACUAAUUUAGAUCAUCCCCAGGCAUGGCAUGUAGUUGAUACUCAAAAUGGUAUUCAUAAUAUUACAAUUAGGAAUGGGAAUGUUUAAUAUGGUUUACAUUUUCAAUUUCUGUAAUAUCAACCUCAGUUGUCAUGGAAUUCCAGUUGCUGUAUAUGAAGGCUUAGAAGUUAUGGGAACAAUCACAGAUAAUUGUGACAUUGUAGGAUUGAAAUCAACCACUUCAAUUUCUCAUAUAUAAGAUAAGCCCAAAGAUUAUGGAAUCUCUAUUUCUUUCAAUGAUAAUUCUUAAUGUGUGGAAACUGCUAAUCAAAAUAGGGCAGUUUAAACAGACAAGCCAAGAACAGCAAUUUUUAAUAUUGUUUGUAGUGAAAGAGCAGAAAAAUAAUUUAGAAUUAUUUAAGGAUAUGGAUGCAUAGUAACUUUAGAAAUUUAUCAUCCAACAGGAUGCCCAGUAAAUAGAGGUAUGCUUUUCUUGAUUAAUUAAGGUAUUUAUAGUUACAUCAAAAUAUCAAUUAAGUAUCUUUUAAUAGUUACCAUAAUAUAUGAAGUUGUGGGAUUUAUGUAUAAUAAAAAAAUAAAGAAAAUUCAAGGUAAAUAAGCAAUACCAAAUAUCAAUUAAAUUGAGGAAAUUAACAAAUUAGUUAUUAAAGCUUUUAAAAGAUUUAUUGGAAGGAGUAAUAAAAAUGGAUACUAAAUAGUAUGA